CAGGAGCGCGCCGGGUCGUUUGGCUCCCAGCUGCGUUCUCUGUCGCUUUCCUCUUCUUUCCCCGCCUCCGGGCCUCCGCAGCGACGCGGCCGGGGCGGGAGCCGAGCCGGAGCCGAGCCGGAGCCGCAGAGACACGGAAACAUGGAGGCCUGAGCCGGCGUGCGCCAUCCCAGCUGCAGCAGCGAUCACGGCUUGUCGGCUUGUCCUGUUCCCCCUCUGCCGCCCGCUGGUCUGUCGGUGAGCUGGAAACGGAUCUCCCGGCCGGCUGAGACAGGUUGUCGUGUGGAAAUGAAGGUUUAAGGACAAGUAUUCUACCAGGUUAGAAGAUGGGUUCAAACAGCAGCAGAAUUGAUGAUCUUCCUAAGAAUGAAUACUUAAAAAAGUUAUCAGGCACAGAAUCUGUCUCCGAGAAUGACCCGUUCUGGAAUCAGCUUCUCUCCUUUUCUUUUCCUGCACCAACCAGCAGUACUGAGUUGAAGCUCUUGGAAGAGGCAACUGUUUCAGUUUGCAGGUCUUUAGUUGAAAACAAUCCUCGAACAGGAAACCUUGGUGCAUUAAUUAAGGUCUUCCUUUGUAGAACCAAAGAACUAAAGCUUUCAGCUGAAUGUCAGAACCACAUCUUCAUUUGGCAGACUCACAAUGCUUUGUUUAUUAUUUGCUGUUUGCUGAAAGUGUUCAUUUGUGAGAUGUCAGAGGAGGAAUUACAACUUCAUUUUACUUAUGAAGAAAAAUCUCCUGGCAGUUACAGUUGUGACUCAGAAGAUCUUUUGGAAGAAUUAGUCUGCUGUUUGAUGCAGUUAAUCAUUGAUAUCCCACUCUUAGAUAUUACAUAUGAAAUAUCAGUAGAAGCUAUAUCAACGAUGGUUGUUUUCCUUUCCUGCCAACUCUUCCACAAGGAAGUUUUGCGGCAGAGCAUCAGUCACAAGUAUUUGAUGCGAGGUCGAUGUCUUCCAUACACCAGCAAACUGGUGAAAACCUUGUUAUAUAACUUUAUCAGACAAGAAAAGCCACCUCCUCCAGGAACACAUGUUUUGUCUCAGCAGUCGGAGGGGGGAGGACUGCUCUAUGGACUGGCAUCAGGAGUAGCAACUGGACUCUGGACUGUCUUCACACUGGGCGGUGUGGGCAGCAAGGCGGCUGCCACUGCAGAACUUUCUUCCCCUCUGGGCAACCAGAGUCUUCUGCUUCUGCUGGUGCUGGCCAACCUAACAGACGCUGCAGACGCACCAAACCCCUACCGGCAGGCCAUUAUGUCCUUUAAGAACACACAAGAUAACAGCCCUUUCCCCUCGUCAAUUCCACAUACUUUCCAGAUUAACUUUAACAGUUUGUAUACAGCUCUGUGUGAACAGCAGGCGUCUGAUCAGGCAACUCUCCUGUUGUAUACAUUGCUCCAUCAGAAUAGUAAUAUUAGGACAUACAUGCUGGCUCGCACAGACAUGGAAAAUCUUGUUUUACCAAUUCUAGAGAUUCUGUAUCACGUUGAAGAAAGAAAUUCACACCAUGUAUAUAUGGCCCUCAUAAUAUUGUUGAUCCUUACAGAAGAUGAUGGCUUCAAUAGAUCCAUUCACGAAGUGAUAUUAAAAAAUAUUACUUGGUAUUCAGAACGGGUUUUAACUGAAAUUUCACUGGGGAGUCUCCUGAUAUUGGUCGUAAUAAGAACCAUUCAAUACAACAUGACAAGGACAAGAGACAAGUACCUUCACACAAAUUGUUUGGCAGCUUUGGCAAAUAUGUCGGCUCAAUUUCGUUCUCUCCAUCAGUAUGCUGCCCAGAGGAUCAUCAGUUUGUUUUCCUUGCUGUCUAAAAAACACAACAAAGUUCUAGAACAAGCCACACAGUCCUUGAGAGGUUCGCUAAGUUCCAAUGAUGUUCCUCUACCAGAUUACGCCCAAGACCUAAAUGUCAUUGAAGAAGUGAUUCGGAUGAUGUUAGAGAUCAUCAAUUCCUGCCUGACGAAUUCUCUUCACCACAAUCCAAACUUGGUAUAUGCACUGCUUUACAAACGAGAGCUCUUUGAACAAUUUCAAACUCAUCCUUCAUUUCAGGAUAUAAUGCAAAAUAUUGAUCUGGUGAUCACCUUCUUUAGCUCGAGGUUGCGACAAGCUGGAGCUGAGCUGUCAGUGGAACGGGUCCUGGAAAUCAUCAAGCAGGGAGUUGUUGCACUGCCCAAAGACAGGCUGAAGAAAUUUCCAGAAUUGAAAUUCAAAUACGUGGAAGAAGAGCAGCCCGAGGAGUUUUUUAUCCCCUAUGUCUGGUCUCUGGUCUACAACUCGGCCGUGGGCCUGUACUGGAACCCACAGGACAUCCAGCUCUUCACCAUGGAUUCCGACUGAAGGCGGCCCCAGCUCCCACCCUGACCCCCUCCAGCCAAGCAGUCCUCAUAGUUACUUUUUUCUGGAGAACAGUAGACAGAUUGCCUGGUAUGUCUUCUAGUAAAGAGGAUCACACAGGCAUGUUUCCCUUGCGCACUUGGAUUUGGAGAAGUGAUGCCCAUCGGCAGUAGAUCACUCAGCUUAGAUUGCAGUGCAAAAAGUGGGGGAAUACACAACAAUAAUAAAUAUAAAUCCUGCUAUUCCACAUGCAAUUUUAUUUCUAAACCAAAAUCUAGAGCUUUUCCAGGAACCUGAUGCCUUAGGCAUAUAACACUUACCAAUAUGUAUUUUUUUAUUUUGCAUGUUCAAGAUUUUUGGUGUGUGUGUGUGUGUGUGUGUGUGUGUGUGUUCCUUUCAACAUUAAAAAAUAUCAAUAUGAAAAGAUGACAGGAUAGGAAUUAAUAAGGAAAUGAAACCGUGUGUGUGGCAGGGCUGCUUUUCAGAGGGCCCGGGAUUUAAUAAACAUGGUGAGCAGGCAAUUGGCUGUGAGCCGUCAGAUCCUCUGCAACUUGCCCUCAAAGAAAGAAAUGGCUCCUUCUCGUGAAGCCCAGAUUAGUUUUCUGUGGAUUUGGCCUCUGAGCUGUAGCUGAAUUAAAUUGGAGUCUUGUACAAAUUAGGUUAAUCUAUCUGAAUUAAUUAUUGAGAAAAGAAAAGCUUCAUUUCAAAAGCAAUCUUUUUUCUUCAACCAGACUAAUAGGAGAAGAAAGAGAUCAAUUUGAUUAAUACGGUAUUCCCCAUGAGAUGAAAAACAUGUUUUUCUCUUCAUUUCUGACUUUGUUUGAACUCUUACGGGCCUAAGCGAUCCGUGUUUGGUCCCUGAGCUGGAGGGAGGGGCUUCUCUGAGGGAAAGGCCAGAGAGCGCUCCGCAGAGCAGCAGCAUUGGGGGCCAAGCAGGACAAUCCUGUCAAGUCCCCCUCCACGUCCAUGGUCGCCCUGUCACAGCCUAGAUGAGGAGCCUGUUUCAUUCAAAAAGACCCAGAAAGUGUUUGAUUUUCUGCAUAGAAGCGCACAACCCCACAGGAGACCAAGCACCCUCCUUCAGCCAGCUGCCAUCUAAUCCAGGACAAGGUUCAAGGACCAGCUUCUCUCCUGUCGCUGUGUCCCCCACUGGAGGCCUGAGUCAUGUUGCCCCGUCUCUGUCUCUUGAGGAGCCGGGAGGAGCCAUCUUCAGUCACACCACUCUCUGGAAAAGGGUAAAAAUGCUGCCCGUCGACCAGUGCACACCUGUGUGCUUUCUGCCCGAAAAAGCCUGGGCUGCUCCAUCCUUCAGCAGGGUGUUGAGGUCAGCCGGUGGUUUCAUUAUCCUCUCCGAGACCAGUGUUGACACCAGAGCUCCCUGGGGCUGGCGAUGCAGGGCCGUUGCUGGCGGGGACCCGGGAGGCCCGUGCAGCUCACCUGCUGCCUCCACACGGCUCGUCUGUUCAGGCCUCUUCCCUGUCCCCAUGAGUGGCUGGAACGCUUGUAUUUAACGUCACCCGGACAGGGCCUCAGGCCAGCACAUGAGGCAUGAUAACGGCUUCUGCUGAGCCCAGCUUGAAGGCGAGAUUGAAGACGGAAGGGCCAGUCCUCACAGUCAGAAGGGGGACGUGGUAUGAUUAUCAUCUUGGGUAGCAAUUAUUUUUAUUUCUUAGGUGGGGAAAUGCUAUACAACUUUAAUUUGUUUCCGAAGCUUUUUGAUUUGCUUCCUUUCCUUUAAACCAAAACACGAAAUUUUCAAAGGGUCUCGUGGGGCUACGCAGCCUCUGGUAGGACCACAAAACUGUCCUCAGAGGCUGCCAUGGGAUAGUCACUGGGCUGCAGGACCCUCAGUUCUUGUGACAGGAGGAAAUAGGGUCCCCCAAAACUCAGUCACAGAGAGCAGACAACUAAGGAAGGCUUGAUUGAGGAAACCCCAGUCUUGCCCAGAUCACCUGGCUCACCAAGGUGCCCCCAAAGCCCCAUUCCCAGCAGCCCCCUUUCCUGCCUUACCCCCUCCUUUUAACCACACAGCGGAAGUGCUCACUGACCUAAAAGCUCAGCUGGGGCUGCAGCCUGAGAAGCAACGUGUGUGUACAUGCUCCCAGACACCACUGCAUCACCAUCUCGGCUCUACAAAUCCACCAGGAGUUGCUUAUUUUUGUGAAAGAUUUAUUACAUGACAAUAAAUUUAAAUGAUAUGCUUGAA